AUUCACCUUCUCUCUCUCGCCACGGCCUCAUUCUCUCAAUCUUUCUUGUCUACCGCACACUCCCACAAAUUUCUCUCUUUCGAAAUGGCUGACACCGGAGUGGUCACCGUUUACGGUAAUGGAGCGAUAUACGAGACCGCCAAGAAAUCUCCGUUCUCUGUCAAGGUGGGUCUCGCCCAGAUGCUCCGCGGCGGGGUCAUUAUGGACGUGGUGAACGCCGAGCAGGCUCGGCUCGCUGAGGAGGCAGGUGCGUGCGCCGUCAUGGCUCUGGAGCGUGUACCGGCGGAUAUCAGGGCCCAGGGUGGAGUGGCCCGCAUGAGUGACCCACAGCUGAUCAAGGAGAUCAAGCAGGCUGUGACCAUCCCUGUUAUGGCCAAAGCCCGCAUCGGGCACUUCGUGGAGGCCCAGAUCCUGGAGGCCAUCGGGAUCGACUACGUGGACGAAUCCGAGGUGCUCACACCGGCCGACGAGGACAAUCAUAUCAACAAGCACAACUUCCGUAUCCCCUUCGUCUGCGGCUGCCGGAACCUCGGCGAGGCCCUUCGGAGGAUCCGCGAGGGCGCGGCGAUGAUCCGCACCAAGGGUGAGGCCGGAACCGGCAACGUGGUCGAGGCCGUCAGGCACGUGCGCUCGGUCAUGGGAGACAUCAGGGUACUGAGGAACAUGGACGACGACGAGGUCUUCACCUUCGCCAAGAAGAUCGCUGCGCCGUACGACCUCGUGAUGCAGACCAAGCAGCUCGGGAGGCUGCCCGUCGUGCAAUUCGCUGCGGGCGGGGUCGCGACCCCCGCCGACGCUGCGCUGAUGAUGCAGCUGGGAUGCGAUGGCGUGUUCGUGGGCUCCGGAGUGUUCAAGAGCGGGGACCCGGCGAGGCGAGCGCGGGCCAUUGUGCAGGCCGUGACCCAUUACAGUGACCCAGAUGUGCUUGCGGAGGUGAGCUGCGGGUUGGGCGAGGCCAUGGUAGGGAUUAAUCUCAAUGAUGAUAAGGUUGAGAGGUACGCAAACCGGUCCGAGUAGAAAGAAAAAUGGUGGGAAAUUAAGGACGAGGAGUAUAGUCUUCUCUGGAAAGAUUUACAAUAUUAAUGCCAUAUUUUAUUAGUUUUGCUUUGAAUUAGCUAUAGAUUUUGGCUUGGAAGAUCACGAUUAGGAGAUCAUAGAUUUGAAAUUGUCUUCCUUUCAAACAACAAGUAGUAGAUUUAUCAUGAAAUUCUGGAAAUUAUUGU